GUUCAGACCAAACUUGGCUUAUACAUAUCCCAUACCACAUCCCCUCCCUCUUCCCGCCCGACCAUGCCCUCAAGAGACGCCUACCAUCGGCCCUGGCGUCGUCGUCGCCGGCAGAAGGAGAAGAAGAAGAAGAAGACCUCGUCCUCCCGCAGGGCCAUCACAUGGUCUAUUUCCCCCUGCAGCUGUCCCCCUCACGACUGAUGCCCGACGGCACCGACCCGGCGCACUGGCCCGGCGGGCCGUUCCAGCGGCGCAUGUGGGCCGGCGGGGAGGUGGUCUUCCGUCCCGGCUGGGCGAGGGCGAUGCGAGUCGACGGGAGGCGGGCGGUGUGCGUGGAGAGCGUGGGGGCACGGCCCGUGCUGAGGCAGGACGACAAGGUGUUUGUGGAGGUGCGGAGGCGGUAUGGGGUUGGGGAGAGGGACGAGGCGAAUGGUUGUGGGAGGGAGCGCAUGUCGGAUGAGGAGAUUGCGAGGAAGAUUGUGGACGGGGACGGGGAUGGGGCUGUGAUUGAGGAGGUCAGACGGUUGGUGUUUCUGAAGAGGCGGCGCGAAGGCCAGGAGGAUAAGGCGGUGGUGGCGAAGAGGGCGGUCAAAGCCUCUGCCAUACCCGAAUUUGUCUUCCCCCUCAAGCCCGACGCAACCCUCCUCUUCCACUUCAGCGCGCUCACGUACAACGCCCACGCCAUCCACCUCGACCCGGACUAUUGCCGCAGCCAGGAAGGCUACAAGGGCCUCCUCGUCCACGGCCCGCUGAGCAUGGUGCUCAUGCUCUCGGCGCUGCGCGGUUGUUUGGCGCGGUUGCAGUCCCAAGCGCAGAAGCCCCGUCCUACUGCGGCCCGCAAGAGCAGCGCUCCAGGGGAGGAGGAGCAGCCAUGGAAGACGCCUUAUAUCAAGUCUUUGAACUACCGCAACCUUGCCCCGCUCUACGUGAACGAGGAGAUGAGGGUGUGCCUGCGGAGGACCAAGGCAGAAGGUGACGGUCUCCAGUGGGAUGUGUGGGUUGAGGGCCCUGACGGCGGGCUCGCUGUGAAGGGGCAUGCCGUUACAACGGAUGUCGUCCAAUAGCCAGUCAGGCAGGGCGUGAGAAGGGUGGUCUAUAAUGAGCUUUCCCAGACAGAUGUCAUGAUGUCCCAACCAACUGACCGUUCACAAAAGGCAAUGAUGUAAAAUUACUGAUUACUACUUUCCAGUUUUUGAUCUUUGGGUAUCUAG